AUGCCACAAACACCUUUGGACAAGAUGCUUACUUCGAAAGUACCGUACCAUUUCCCCGUCCACCAUCCUUCUGGGUUUCUUUCGUUCCUUGCUUCCCCGCUAUUCUAUAUAGCUAGCUAGGUAGAUAGAGGGUAGAAUGGAAGAACUAUACAGAUAUAUUGACGCUGUUUCUCAGAAUGCUUUCUUAGGUUUCUCCCCCAUCUAUCCUCUCCCGGAGCCACCGUUACUCCAUCCAAGCCUCCUCCCCAUCCAACUCUGCUUGCAGGUAGAACGGAGUUAACAAAACCCAGCAUUCUCGGCAAUGGUCGUAGCAGUAUCCGCAUGGUCAAUAAUGAAGCCGGACGUAGACUUGAACGUACUUGGCGAUCCUACUAGUGGUAUCACCCCCCCCCCCUCUACUUCCUACCCUACCCUACAUGUACUAACAAGUACGGUAUUACACCAGACCCGGAAGAAUGGACGGUUGGCGAGAUGGAGGUGUGGUUGGAGAGGGUACGUAUCUUCUAUGGGCCCUAUGUUUUAGGGCAGGAUUUGGGGGGAAAGCUUGGGCAGGAGCAGGGAGGGCUAAUGGCUUACUGUAUGACAGAGAGGGCUAGAGACUUCCGGCACUCGUGAGGAGGUACUUGAGAGGGUUAGGAUGUGUAUGCGGGCGAGGAAA